CGAGGUUAUGGAACCUCUGAGUCCCGCCAACUCUAUGGUCGAGCGUUUCAGGGAUCGGCCAAUCGCAAUCCAGAUCUCGUAGGAAAGCCCCGCCUCUAUCUGCAUGGAGGCGGGAAUUGCCACGAAGCUCCUGUGGAGGGAAAGGAAGCAGCUGCGGAAAGCCAAUAAGAGUGGAGGAAUUGAUGACGUCAACCAAUGGGGACGCGAGGAUAUUACGGCCAAUGAGAAUGGAGAAGGUCCAGGACACGUGGGUGGGGAAAGCUGAGCGCUGAGACCAAGGGCUAAAGCUGGGAGACUGAAAAAAUGCAGACUGCCGGGGCAUUAUUCAUUUCUCCAGCUCUGAUCCGCUGUUGUACCAGGGGUCUAAUCAGGCCUGUGUCUGCCUCCUUCUUGAAUAGCCCAGUGAAUUCAUCUAAACAGCCUUCCUACAGCAACUUCCCACUCCAGGUGGCCAGACGGGAGUUCCAGACCAGUGUUGUCUCCCGGGACAUUGACACAGCAGCCAAGUUUAUUGGUGCUGGGGCAGCCACAGUUGGUGUGGCUGGUUCAGGGGCUGGCAUUGGAACCGUGUUUGGCAGCUUGAUCAUUGGCUAUGCCAGGAACCCAUCUCUCAAGCAGCAGCUCUUCUCCUAUGCCAUUCUCGGCUUUGCCCUGUCUGAGGCCAUGGGGCUCUUCUGUUUGAUGGUUGCCUUCCUCAUCCUCUUCGCCAUGUGAGGCUCCAUGGGGGGUCACCUGCCUGUUGCUGCUGCAACUCCAUACCAUUCUUGGUGCUGGGGUGUGCUAAGCUUUACCAUUAAACACAACGUUUCUCUAAA